AUGGGGAGAUGCUUCAGCUUCACAGCCUCCAGAGACUCCUGCUACCGGCGCUCCUUCUCCACCGCCGGUCUCAGGCCCACCACCACCAACCUCGGCGACGGCACCGUCGUCCACUGCUGGGCCCCCAGAACCCACCGCCCCAACAGGCCCACCGCCCUCCUCAUCCACGGCGUCGGCGCCAACGCCAUGUGGCAGUGGAACGACGUCGUCGCGCCCCUCGCAGCCCGAUUCAACGUCUACGUCCCGGACCUCCUCUUCUUCGGCGACUCCCGGACGGCCCGGCCCGAGCGUAGCGAGUCCUUCCAGGCCCGGUGCGUGAUGUCCGCCAUGGAGGCCCUGGGGGUCCGCGCCGGGCUCCGGGUCGUCGGGCUGAGCUACGGCGGGUUCGUGGCCUACAGCCUGGCGGCGCAGUUUCCCGGCGCGGUGGAGAGGUUGGUGGUCAGCUGCGCCGGCGUGUGUAUGGAGGAGAAGGACGUGGAGGAAGGGUUGUUUCCGGUGGGGAGCGUGGACGAGGCCAUCGAGAUUCUGCUCGCUCGGACGCCGGAGAAAUUGAGGGAGCUGAUGAGGCUGUCGUUCUAUAAGCCGGCCAAGGGAGUGCCAUCUUGCUUUCUGUCGGAUUUUAUUGAUGUAAUGUGCACUGAGAAUUUCCAAGAAAGAAAAGAGUUGAUCUACGCGUUAUACAAGAACAGGAAGCUUUCUGAUCUGCCUAAGAUCACUCAGCCUACGUUGAUAAUUUGGGGAGAACACGACCAGAUUUUCCCACUAGAAUUGGCUCAUAGAUUAGUGAGGCAUUUGGGGAACAAUGCAGAGCUCGUGGUAUUGAAAAACGCGGGGCAUGCGAUUAAUAUGGAGAAAACAAAGGAAUUCUAUAGACAUUUGAAGUCAUUUCUUGCUUUGCCAGCAGGUCUUAAGCUCGAGGGCAGUGACAAUGGCUGCAAGGUCGAAUAA